AUCUGUGAAUGAUCACAGAGGUCACAUGGUACAAGGCUAUUCACAACAGCCUUGUACCAUGUGACAAGCUGUGACCAAUCACAGCUCACUCUGUAUUUCUCAAUGAGUGCAGGAGGGACCUCUGUACGAGGUCCCGAUCAUGUGAUCACGGAUUGGCCAAUCAGUGAUCACAUGCAAAGUAGCAAGCAAGAUGUCACUUGUGACAUCAUUGCUUACUACGUGUGAAUUCUGUGCAUGAUCACAGAGGUCACAUGGUACAAGGCUAUUCACAACAGCCUUGUACCAUGUAACAAGCUGUG